UUUAGUUAGCUAAAUCUAUAUUGUAGAGGUUUGUUUUGAAGAAUUUUCGAUUAGAUAGACUCUUCUAUUUUGUGUUGUAGUGACUAUAUAGUUAUAUUCAAGGGUUGUCAUAGGAUAAUUCGGAAUAUAAGAUAUAAGUCCGACAGUAGAAUGGGUUUAGCAAGUGAAGAUCAUCGCAUGAGACAUGUUUUCCGUAAAAUCAGUUUAUGUUGUAUAUUUCUACAAAGGUUGCAGAAUUCCAGACAAAAUGUGAAGACAUUUCAUGAGAGAAGAGGACCGGUAAAGAAAAGUAACUUUAGAGUUGCUUCCCUUUGUUUCCUGUUUCUCAGAAGACUACAUGCAUUUGAGUCCCAUUUCAGGACUGCUAGUACCCAACAUGUCCAUGAUCCUGCAAACAAACCGACAUUCAGGGUGGCCAGUCUGUGUUUUGUAUUCCUCAAUAGACUGCAUGCAUUUGACCAUGAGCCUCAGCCACAGAGCAACAAACACCCGCCAUCCCAGCCGACGUGGCACAUGCCUGCCGCUAAGUGUGGUGGCCGACGACAGAAACGCAAUUCUACAAAACAAAAAUGUACCUGCUGCAAACUAAACACGGAUUCUGAGAGUGGCGAGGAACAGACGAGGACCAUUCUCACAAACACAUUCCGGGAUAUAGUGCCAAAAUUGUCACGCAUUUUGGUGAAUCAGGAUCCUUUUAGCUCUUCAUCUAUAUGGACUAAGAAAUUUGAGCCUCAGUCGUGGCCAUCACUGUUGCCAUGGAAGGACCCAAACAAUAAACCAAAAGAUACAUUUGAAACACUGGAAAAAAGAAUGCAUACCUUGUUACGGCUUUGUAAGGGCAAGCAAAUACCCAGUGAUAUAAAGAAGGAAAUUGAUGCUUACCGUGAAUAUCAAUUACAGGUACAGCAACAUCAGACAGGUGAUAUUUCUAAACUUCAAGUCAUUCGACAAAAGAGGAAAGCAACUCAUAAACUGACAGUGGCUAUAAGAGAAUUUGCGGAGGUGAUAAAAUGGCACGGACCGCCAGCACAUUCUGAAGAGCUGAAAAAGGAAUCAAGAAGAUUUAGAGAAAUAGUUCAGCAUUCGGACUCGUCGAAUAGCCCACUAUCCUCGCAGUUUGAAGACAUUUUUUCCGCAAUAGCAAAUAUUGAGGGGUCCAAUACUACUCCAGAGGAGUAUAUGCGACAGUUCAACCAAUCAGAUACCGGGGGAAUGAUUCCGCCGAAGCCGUAUUCACACACAAGUCUCAUGCCAUAUGCUGCGGCUGCUGCCUGUAUGGAAGAAUUCGGCACAAAUUUCUCGGAAUCUGCUGCUGCCUAUCGACAAUCUCACUACGCACAACAAACCCUAAACCUGAAGAGAAACUUAGCAGCAUUUUGUAUGCGGGAAGAGGAAGGGAAAAAUACAUCAAAGAAAAAACGUACAGGCAACUCGGACUAGCAUUUCUGAUGCUCUUUUCUUACAAAUUUGAACACAAAUUCAUGUAUUGAUAUUCACAGAUAUUUUUUUUAAUGUUUGAAUCUGAUAAUCAUUUAAAGCAACCUCUCGUUAAUUUGAUUAAAAACUUGUGAAAAAGUAAUGUUUCCAUUCAGACUGUAGUGUUGCAGUUAGAUAUUUAAUGGGAAAUAUUUAUAGACAUUUAAAAAGUAUUUUACUUUGAGGUCAAAAGUUGAUUGUUUUGAGGUCAAAGGUUAAUUGUUUUGACAUCAAAAGUUGAUUGUUAUGAGGUCAGAAGUCGACUGUUUUGAGGUCAAAGGUUGAUUGUUUACAGUUUUCCAUUUUGUCAUAUGUAUAACACGGAUCCGCCAAAUUAACUUACAUGAUAAAUGUUGUAACUUGUUUUCUAUGGAUAUUAUUGGUUUUUCCAGGAAAUGGACUGGUUGUAUAUAACAUUGUUGUAUAUUGUAUACCUAAUUGUUUUUGUUGAUUUCCUUUGUUAUAAGCAUGUAAAUAUAAGUUAUUGUUUUUUUUUUUUUUUUUUUCCUAUUAAGUUUUUGUGAUCUUCUCAUCUAUCGAAAAUUAACAAGCCAAAAUUUAUUUUUUUGUAACCAAAAGAUUUAAUAUGAAUGAUAGUUUUAGAUUUUGUAAAUUUUUAAAUUUGAUCAAAUUUUAUUACCCAGGGGAGAAGUUUUAUAUUAAAUAUCGUUGGUUUCAUCCAUGCUUUGCUUGAGCCACUCCAUGACAUUUGAUUUUGAAACUUGAAACAUUGUUCAUCAUACCCUUCUGUAGAUUAAUGUUAGAUCCACAAUCAUAGCUAUGUAUUUAUUAUAUACCAGAACGAAGUGAUACUCCACAAACAUAGCUAUGUAUUUA